UUUGCACAGGGCCCCGUGAUCGAGAUCGAAUAGAAUAAAAUAGGGAAUCAAAGAUCGUUGGUAACAUUGCGGACCUGAUACAUACGCCAUCACAACAAUUUGUGAUAUUCAAUUUUUUGGGUUGUUUUUCUGGCUGUUUUGUUGCUGUACUGGUCCUGGUCCAUCUGGAGUACGUCAGCAAUUAUUAUAACCCGUAAACGAAAUUCCAAGGUAACCAAUUAGGAUGUCCACCCUCGAGAUUGGACAGCGAGUCGUCCGGAGCCCCACCUGGACGUGGCGAGACCAAGAUGGCGGUAACGGUCACCUUGGUACUGUGGUCAAGCUGAAAGAUCAAGACCCUCUAGAUCCAAUCCCUAAUGGUUGGGUCAAGGUCCGAUGGGAUAAUGGGAACAGGAACAACUAUCAGGUUGGGUCUAGUGAUGACUGCUAUGACCUCAUGCUCUUUGACAAUGCCCCGGCAGGCGUGAAUCAUUUAGGUAUUCAGUGUGAUAGUUGUUCGACGGAGCCCGUUGCUGGCAUGCGCUGGAAAUGCAGCGAUCAGAACUGCCCUGAUUAUGACCUUUGUACUCAGUGUUACAUGGAUGACAAACACGACACGUCCCAUGCAUUCACACGCUUCGUUAGCCGGAAAGAAACAGGGAUACUCUUGGGGCCUCGGUUUGGUGAAACUAAAACAGUAUCGAGAGGAUUGUAUCCAGGAGCAGAAGUAUGCAGAGGAAAGGACUGGGAAGGCGAUGAGGAUGAUGAUUCCAGGGGAUCUGUUCGUGAGGUAUGCCCCUUCUCGGAAAGACCGCGGUCAGGCGUCAAUGUCCGCUGGAACCAGUCUCGGAGGAUCACCACUCACAGAGUUGGAUACGAUGGGAAAAUGGAUCUAAGGUGCACCACACCCGGCGUAGGCAUUAGCUACUAUGCCAGCCAUCUACCUAUUUUAGGUAAAGAGGUUGGCUUGAAGGUCGGAGAUGCGGUAGCCAUUACCCUUGAUAGAGAAACGCUACAUAUGAUGCAACAAGGCAGUGGGUGUGGUUGGAUACCAGAUAUGGGGAAUCUGUUUGGCAAGGUUGCCAAGGUUACUGGUGUCAACUUGAAUGGGAAUGUACAGGUCACCUACGCAGACGAAGCAGAGCAAACUUUCACAUUCAAUCCAGAUGUACUGAACAAGGUUCCAAAGAUAGGAAAGGGAGACCUUGUGCAGAUCAAUCAAAACCUUACGUACGUUAUGAAUCUUCAAGAAAACAGUCAAAAUGGAUGGGUGGAUGGAAUGGAGGAGUGUCUUGGAUCGCAAGGGACAGUGAUAAAAGUUGAUUCCCUCUAUAACAGUCGAUUGCGCGUGACAGGGAAGGAACAGAUUUGGUCCUGGCACCCUUGUUGUCUGUCCAUCCUCAAGAAGAAUUCUUCAACAGACGAUGAAGGCAUCCAGGGCGUGGAGUCUCUUGGCCGCAAAUUAUUAGGUGGAAGUGGCCAUGAAGCAAUAUUGAAAGCCUUGAUGUCUCUACUUGGAAAAGAUAGUGGCUCCUCAGAUAACGAGUCGGGCGAUGGAGGAGAAGCAGCUCAGCUGAUGAACGCUGCAAAGAUUGGCAAUACUGAACGGGUCGUGGAGAUCCUGUCCAAAUCACCUGAAAUGGCACAUGCAACAGCAGGAGGGAAGACCGCCCUUCAUAGAGCAGCUGUACAAGGACACCUUGAGGUGGUGCAGGCCCUGUUGGGGGCAGGAGCUGAGAUCGAUGUCUCUGAUAAUGGUGGAAGCACACCCCUUCAUUAUUCUGUUGAGGGAGAUGAGCCAGCAAUUGCAAAGUUUUUGAUCGGUACAGGAGCUGAUAUCGACAGAGCUAAUAAGAACGGAAGGAGGGCGAUCCAUCAGGCAGCCUACCGAGGGCUUGUUGACUGUACUCGGGUCUUGAUUAAUCUUGGAUGCGAUGUUAACGUACAGGAUUCAGAGAAAGAUACUCCCCUCCAUGACGCUGUCGUCAAGAACAACACCGAUGUCAUUGAACUCUUGGUGAAAGUUCCAAACCUUGAUGUAACUCUCGCUAACGAAAAAGAGUUGACGGCUCUCCAACUUACCGCUUACAUGAAUAGACCCGAACCUGCGGAGUUGAUUGCUCAUAGUUGUCCUCAAUCAAUUGCUGUUCCAAGAGACGAUGGACAUACCAUUUUACAUAUUGCUGCCAUUAAUAACCAUGUUGAAGUCAUGAAGGUCAUUUUGGCUGUGAAGGGUCAUGGGCUUGAUAUAAAUGCCAAGAACGUGCAACGUAUCACAGCCCUACACCUGGCUGCUACCAAGGGACAGUCAGAGAGCAUAGAGUUCCUGGUCUCACAAGGCGCAGACAUCAAUCUCCAAGGUGAUGAUGAUCAUAGUGCGCUCCAUCUCCUGGCCAAUGCUGGAGCGAGAGAUCCAAGUAAAGUCAAUGACACCCCCACCCUCAGAAAGAUUCGCCAACGUUUUAAGGGUUGUGGUGUCGAUGACAGUGCUGCUGCAGCACUGUGUUACAUGGUUCUCAAUGGGGCUUCCCUAGACCUAGAGAAUGUCAAAUGUCGGACUCCGCUGUAUUAUGUCAAGAAUGCCCAGCUGAAAAAGACUUUGAAGAAGAUUGCACAUGACAAGACGGCUGAUGACAUGUCUUCAUGGGAGGACCUUGGGGAGGACGAAGAUGUGAAGAAGGGACGGCUGAGUGAGAACGCCAUCGUUCUUGAUGAUGAUGAUAUCAUCCUCAAGGGAGAUGACAGCAUGAGUGCCACUGAUAAGGGCUCUCCAAAGCGGAUAAGAAAGGACUCGGAAGAUAGUCAACAGCAACAACAAUCUGAUACAUCAGGAGAUGGAAAGAAAGCUAGAAAGCCAAAGAUCGAAGUAUUUGACCUGGUACACAAGAUCGACGUCUCUGAUCUUGACAUGGGCCGUAUGGUGGGAAAGGGUCAGUUCGGUGUCGUCCAUCAUGCUUCCUGGAGGGGUACUCCAGUAGCGGUCAAAAAGAUCUCCAUGAUGGGUAGUAGAAAAGAAGAAGUUGAAAAGGAGGUUGCUAUACACAGACGGGCAACCCAUCCUAACAUCGUUCAGAUGAUGGCUCUGGGUUACCAGGAGCAGGAUGCAUUCCUUGUCAUGCAAUUCAUUGAAGGACCAAGCUUACAUGCGAUUAUCUUUGCUGACAGAGGAGAUGAUAAGAUUGUUCUAGACUGGGCCAAAAGACUUCAAAUAUCCUGUGAGAUCCUUCAAGCCAUAACCUUCAUGCAUGCCUGUAACAUUCUGCACCUUGAUAUCAAGCCUGCUAAUAUACUAGUCGACAAGGUGACAAUGCGUCCCUACAUCUGUGACUUGGGUCUGGCCCACAUCAAGAACCGAAACCUCAUGUCCCAAUCCUCAGCCAAUAUGAGAGGCACACCUUGCUUCAUGCCUCCAGAGGCACUUGGCUCAACGGAACCCGGAUACAGGCACUCGCCCAAGCACGAUGUUUGGUCGGUCGCGGGAACGUUGGUCGAGCUCUACUCCAUGAAGCGGCUGUGGGGAGAUUCAGCGCAUCCUUUGGCCCUCUUGGCUCGCAUCUUUACGGGCCAGAUGGGUAAACCGGAUGCUUUGACAUCGGUUGAUCCUAGAAUCAAGAAGAUCCUGGAGCCAUGCUUUGAACAGAGACCGGAGAAGAGACCGUCGGCUUCUGAUCUCUUGGAGCAGUUCAAUGACCUCACGUGAUGGGCGAGCAAUUGGCUCGAAAUUCGAGAGACCUGUUUCCUGUGUAGACCCUUCGCUCGAGUCAAGUUUUCUUAAUGCAAAGCCUAUAGAGUCCUUCUUGCCCAGAAACUAAAUUGAAACAGCAAGUUUUUUAUGUGCUAAUCUUUGUGUGAAGACCCACUUGUUGAUUUCAGUUUUAAUCAGGGCCUGUGUCUGCAGACUAGUGAAAGACUUCUAAUAUACACGUCUAUGUCUAAUUGUAAAGACCAAUAUCGAUUUUGUAUAUUUUCAUUGCAUGAUUACCACAAGCCAUACAUGUGAUCAUGAUGAACAAAUAUUUAUUUUGUUGAAUUUCUUUCUGUUUUAAUAACUUUGUGGGUCAAACUUUUAGUUCAUUGCAUACUUUUAGGAUUCUUAUUUACAUGUAGUAGGUGUUUUUUUUAGCUGAUCUAAAUUGUGAGAAUUAAUUGUUAGUUGUGGCUAUAUGCUAAAGGAUGAUAAAAAAUGCAGCUGUUCAUGUACUUGCAGCAAUCUGUGUUGUAAUUAUGGGAUGUGUUAUGCUUUUUCUAUUUCGUAUUUUAUGUUGGCUACUCUUUGGCAAAUACAGGAAUCGUAACAUUGAUUGUUAAAGUCAUACUUCUAUUUAAAUAUAUGAAUGAAAUUUCAAUAUUGAUAAUGAUACUACAAAAAUAAUGUGAUUAUUGAUUGUGGUAUACUGUAUUAUUAUAUAUUAAAAAAAAAUAUGUAUUUGUGUCUCAGAAUAUA